CGUCUAUCCCCACCCCAACAUGUUCCGAUCCAUAACGCUCAGGUCCUCACUUCGCUCUCUCUCCCACGCCCGUACUUCUCCCGUUACCCUCUCUCACUCUCAUUCUCGCUCUCGGACCGUUCCUACUCCCUUGCUGAGAAGAACGAUGGCGAACAAGGUUGCUCUCCCUGAUGAUUUCAACAAAGAUCUCUACGUCCCGCUCGCUCAGCUGGACCCCGAAGUCCAAGAGCUCGUAGACCGCGAGACUUGGCGCCAGUUCUCCGGUUUGGAGCUCAUCGCUUCCGAGAACUUGACUUCCCUCGCCGCGCUCGAGGCGAACGGGUCGAUCUUUACUAACAAGUACUCGGAGGGGUUGCCCGGGGCCAGGUACUACGGUGGGAACGAGUACGUCGACGAAUUGGAGGUGCUUUGCCAGAAGCGCGCCUUGGAGGCGUUUAGCUGUGACACGAGCAAGUGGGGCGUGAACGUCCAGCCUUACUCUGGUUCUACGGCAAACUUCGCUGCCUUUACGGCACUUAUCAACCCCCAGGACAGGCUGAUGGGCCUCGGCCUGCCUGACGGUGGCCAUCUCACGCACGGAUACUACACGGCAAAGAAGAAGAUCUCAGCCUCGUCGAUCUACUUCCAGUCCUUCCCCUACCAAGUGAAGAAGGACACCGGGUACAUCGACUACGACCUCCUGGCUGCCAACGCCAAGCUCUUCAAGCCCCGCGCGAUUGUCUGCGGUGCAUCCGCCUACCCCAGGGAUUGGGACUAUAAGCGUCUGCGGGAGAUCGCGGACGGGGAAGGAGCCUACCUGAUGUGCGACAUGGCCCAUAUCUCCGGGCUCGUCGCUGCUGGAGCACAGAACAACCCCUUCAAGUACUGCGACGUCGUGACUACCACGACGCACAAGACGCUCCGUGGCCCGAGGGCGGGGCUCAUCUUCUUCCGCAAGGAUAAGGAACAGGAUAUGGAGAGCAGGAUCAACAACGCCGUCUUCCCUGCGUGCCAGGGUGGGCCGCACAACCACACCAUCGCGGCUAUCGCGGUGACGCUCAAGCUUGCCAACACCCCCGAGUUCAAGCAGUACGCCCGUGCGGUCAUCGAGAACGCGCAGACGAUGGCAGGGUUCUUGCAUGAUAAGGGCUACAAGCUCCAGACGGACGGGACGGAGAACCACCUGAUCUUGUGGGACUUGCGUCCGCUCGGGCUGACGGGGAGCAAAGUGGAAAAGUUGUGCGAUAUGGCCGGGAUCACUAUUAACAAGAACGCCGUCGCGGGGGAUGUGAGCGCCCAGACGCCCGGCGGUGUCCGCCUGGGCCUCGCCUGCCUAACAUCCCGGUCGAUGCACACAUCCGACAUACUGCAAGUCGCCUCCUUCCUGGACCGGGCAGUCCAGCUCUGUCUCUCCACGCAGAAAGAAGCGGGCAGUAAGAAGCUGGUCGAUUUUGUAGCUGCGGCGGGGAAGAGCGAGGGAGUGAAGCAGCUGGCGAGGGAGGUUAGGCUGUUUGCUAGACGGUUCCCUUUGCCUGGUGUGAGGGAUACGAGCGCGAUUAAGGCUUUCCCGGAUGAGCACUAGGCUUGUCUGGGCGUGGGUGGGUGUGGGCGUUGUGAGGCAGAGAGGGAGAGGGGAGAGGUCAUCAACUGGUUGAGAGCGUUCAACGGGCUCUUUGUGGUAGAUCGUGUUAGCAAGUAAAAUGGCAUUCAACUGCAUUUAGGCAGUUUUUCAAUAAAUAUUUC